UUUAUAAUUAUGUCAUAAUAAAAAUGGAUACUCAUACCAGUCCUUUAACAGAUUAAUCUACUCUAAAACAAAACAAAAAACUGGAAAGUAUUAUCUUUUAGCAAUUCCAAUCAUCAUGAUUGCUUUCUACGAUAGGCGGUGGUUUCUACUUUGGUUCCUCUUCUGGAGUUUUGGCAUAUCUGCACAACGUUUGCGGUUGCACCCUGAUGAAGAACGGACUCUCAAAAAGAUGGCAGUGACGAUGAAGGCACAAAACCUAAUCUCCUCUUGUUACUCCGAGCGCUCUCCUAAUGUUACCUGUGGAUAUUGCAGUGACGGCUACUGUCACAUUACCGAGUUAAGCAUGAAAGAGCUUAAUUUCACAGGCACACUUCCUCCUGAACUUGUGAAUCUUACAUACCUGGAGAGAGUUGACUUCACCCGUAAUUUUCUUCAUGGAUAUCUUCCACCGAUAUGGAGUACCAUGAAAAACUUGAAAUUCAUUUCUCUCACUGCUAAUCGCUUGUCAGGGGAAAUUCCGAUACAGUGGGGAAAUUUUCCAGUUCUUGAUUACUUAAGUUUCGAGGCCAACAAUCUUUCUGGUAGUAUUCCUGAUGAACUUGGGAAUUUGUUCACUCUAACUCGCCUGUUUUUUUCUUCCAAUAAUUUUGUGGGAAGACCGCCAAAUACACUAGGAAAACUUACAAAUUUGAAGCAGCUUAGGCUAAGCGAUAAUAAUUUUGAAGGCCCUAUACCGGAAUUUAUUCGGAACUUCACUCAACUCGAGAGACUGGAAUUGUAUGCAACUGGACUAGAAGGACCUAUCCCUGCUACCAUUUUUCAAAAUUUUUCAAAAUUGGUUGAUUUGAGGAUCACUGAUAUGGCUGGAGAAAAGUCCGACUUCCCUACUCUAAAAAUCAACAUUACAUAUGGUGAUGAUAGUAUAUUGGUCCUACGAAAUGUGAAUUUAUCUGGAACUAUCCCAAAUGCAGUCUUGGAAAUGAUUCCGUGGCUAAAGAUGUUAGACUUGAGCUUUAAUAAUUUGGAAGGAGAUCUGAGUACCCUUAGAAUCCAAACAGCGAAAUAUCUAUUUUUGGGGGGCAACAAGCUCAAUGGAAGUGUCCCUGAGUCAUUUCGCACCAAUCCCAUGAAUGACAAUAUUGAUAUUUCUCAUAAUAACUUGAAUUGGUCAGCUACCACCUGCGAUGAAGGCAGCUUUAAAUAUGUAAACACAUAUCGAAGUUCCUACUUGAAUAAGAAUGAGCUACUUCCAUGCCCGGAAAAAUUCAACUGCCAACAAUAUAAUCAAUCUUCCCUUCAUAUAAAUUGUGGUGGGCUCCCAGUAACUGUGACAAAAGCCAAUGGGAGAAUCUUAUACGAAGGCGAUGAGUUUGAUGACUAUAAUUCAGCAGUGAGUAAAAAAAUUAAACCAUACUGGGGAUUUAGCAGUGCAGGAGACUUUAUGGAUGAUGGUGAAAGGAUAAUUGACCAUGUUAUAAAGAGCGACGAAUUUAAAGAUUUAGGAGAAUUGUAUACUACAGCACGAAAAUCUCCCAUGUCCCUCACUUACUUUGGUUGUUUAACAAAUGGAAUGUACAACGUAAAGCUGGAGUUUGCAGAGAUUGAGUUUAAACAUUUUAAUAGUGUUGGUCGACGCACAUUUGAUAUAAUUAUUCAGGGAAAGAAAAUUUCCACGUAUAAUGAUGCCAAUAAAACUGGUAGUAUAGUUGUCCGACAGUACUCUAAUGUCAGUGUGACGGAUAAUACUCUUGAUAUUAGUUUCUAUUGGGCAGGAAAAGGAACCACUGUUGUUCCUGAUAGGGGACACUAUGGUAUUCUCAUAUCUGCUAUUUCUGUGUGUCCAAGUUUCAAAUCCCAUUGUGAAGAACCUACUUCACCAAAUAGAAUACCUAUUGUGAUUGGUGUUGCCAUUUCAUUUUUUUGCCUAACCCUGGUAAUAAUUGGUGUCAUCACUUGGAGAAGAUAUCAAAAGAACAAAUAUAUGAGGGAAAGAUCAGAGCUUACCGGCUUGGAGCUGAUAACAGGUUCCUUUACUUUGAGACAACUAACAACUGCCACUGAUGAUUUUCAUUCAGACAAAAAAAUUGGAGAAGGUGGUUUUGGGAGUGUUUAUAAGGGUCACUUAUCGGAUGGUACAAUUAUUGCUGUGAAGCAAUUAUCUUCUAAGUCAAGACAAGGCAAUCGUGAAUUUAUUACUGAGAUUGGCAUGAUAUCUGGUUUGCAACAUCCAAAUCUAGUAAGGCUUUAUGGAUGUUGUAUAGAAGGAAAUCAAUUAUUACUAGUAUACGAGUACAUGGAAAAUAAUAGUCUUGGCCAUGCACUUUUUGGGAAAAGUGGUCUGAAAUUGGAUUGGGCAACGAGGUUCAACAUAUGUGUUGGAAUAGCAAAAGGUCUUUUGUUUCUUCAUGAAGGGUCACCUCUCAAGAUUGUUCAUAGAGACAUCAAGGCUACAAAUGUGCUACUUGACAAAGAUCUUAAUGCUAAGAUAUCCGAUUUUGGAUUGGCUAAGCUUUAUGAAGAGGAUAACAGCCACAUUAGCACUCGAAUUGCUGGAACUAUAGGAUAUAUGGCUCCAGAAUAUGCACUAUGGGGUUAUUUGACUGAAAAAGCAGAUGUUUAUAGCUUUGGUGUAGUGGCUUUGGAAAUUGUUAGUGGGAAGAGCAAUACAAACUACAAACCUGAAAAUGAAUGUGUUUGCCUUCUUGAUUAUGCUUUUGCUUUGCAACGAAAGGAAGAAUUAUUGGAGCUAGUUGACCCAAAUUUGGAGACUAAAUUUAACAAGGAAGAAGUUGAAAGAGUUCUCAAACUGGCUCUUUUAUGCACCAAUGCAUCUCCAGUGCUAAGGCCGACAAUGUCAGAAGUGGUUAGUAUGCUUGAAGAACAAACUGCCAUUGCUAAAGUGGUGUCUGAUCCUAGUAUAUUUAGGGAUGAUUUGGAAAAUGACUUGAGAUUUAAAUCCCUCAAAAACUUCUAUCAACAAAUUCAAAGGAAGAAUUCUUUCGAAACCCAAGGUUCCAAUUCUUUGAGUAAAAAAUUUAAUGAACCUUCUACAAGUAGUUCUGCUCAUGAUCUCUACCAAAUCAAUCCUGAAUCCUUAUCUCUUCAUGAUCUAUAUGAGAUCAAUUCCCCUUCCAUAAACAACACUGAUGUUUCUUCUUUGGUGUCGCAUCAUAAUUCGUCAACUUGAUAUUAAGUUCUGCGGAAUGGCAUCACUGGAGCCAUGCUAUAGUUUCUUAGUUUAAGGUGAGUAUUUUUAUUGCAAGGAUAUCCAAACCACGUGUUAUAUUGACAUUAAGUGUAGUGUUUAUAGACAUCCCAACCACGUGUUCUAAUAACUUUUAAGGUGUGUAUUUUUAUUGUAAUGACAGUAAACACAUACUUGGUUUUUAAUUAAAUGACUUGUGUCAUUACCCUUUUCAAUGAUAAUGGUUUGAUCACUAUGUUGAUGGA